UCAUGUAAAGUACAAGUACCUUGAGUAAAAGUACUUCCAUCCCACCUCUGCCUGUCAGCCUGUUAGACUCAGACAGGAAGUUGGUCACUUUGGUCUCUUUGACCAUCAGCCAGCAGAGUUUCGGUGUCAGAGUUGUGUCCGACCCUCUUCGCCUGCAGCACAUGAAAGCAACAGUCUUUCUGCUUUAACCCCAAACACAGACGUCUCUGCUGAAAACCGACCCUUUCGCAGAUCCAACAUGGCGGCCUCUGAGUUGAAUCUGGAUGACUACAGUGUUUACAGUCACCUGUCUGAUGAGGAGCUGUUACAGAUCGCUGCAGAGAGAAGCUUCUCUGACAGACACCAUACUCCAAACUCUGGUCAGAGCACAUCAUCAUCCUCAGCCCCUCCCGCCCCUGCUGCGCCCACUCAAACAAACCCAAACGCCGGACAGAGAUAUCCUGACCCCCCCAGACACCUGUACUAUGUCCCUCCAUCCCAACCUCCAUCUUCAGACACCCCAGAUGUCCCAAACUGUGCAAACCCCCCAACAGGCCUGUCUCAGUUCCUCUACAAAGCCUUCAAGAGAGAGUUCAGUCCUUUGCAGUCUCUGAUUAUAAACGGAGAUGCAGAGGGUUUGAUGGAUUUGGUCAGACGGAGAUCCAGCAGUCUGAUGGAGCAGAACGGUGAAGGCUGGAUCGCUCUUCAUGAAGCUGCUUAUUACGGACAGCUAAAGUGUGUCAGUAUCCUCAUCAGAGCUCAUCCCGACUCAGUGAACAGAUGCACUUUAAAGAAUCAGACCGCUCUGCUGCUGGCUGCUAGUCGAGGAAACGUUUCCUGUGUCGACUUUCUCCUGAAGCACGGAGCCGACCCAAACCUUGCCAACAAGGACCAAGAGACGCCACUGUUCGCAGCUUGUGAGCAUGCGAACAAAGCCAUUGCGGAUCUGCUGCUGAGGUUUGGAGCUCAGGUGAAUCGCCUCUGCAUUCAGGGAGGAAGUGCUCUUCAUGAAUCCUGCAGACAUGGACAACUGGAACUCUGCAGGAUGUUACUAGAGGCUGGAGCCAAUCUACACACCAAAAACAUCUACGGCAUCCAACCGUUCUUCACUGCCGCACAGCACGGACAUGUUGAUGUCCUCCACCUGCUCGCUAACAAAGGUGCAGAUAUAAAUGGACAGGCACAAGACGGAGCCUCGCCGCUGUUCGAAGCCUGUAAGAACGGUCAUGUUUCUGCUGUGGACAUGCUGCUCUCUCUGAAAGCUGAUGCUAACCGAUCCAUGAAGUCUGGCCUGCUGCCUCUUCAUGUGGCUGUUCAGAACAAUCACUCACGAAUUGUGUCUCUGCUGAUCCCAGUGACCAGCAGGGUCAGAGUCCAGCACAGCGGCAUCAGUCCUCUGCACAUCGCUGCAGAGAAGAACAGGGAUGACAUCAUGGAGCUGCUGAUUGACUCCGGCUUCAACGUCAACACCAAGCUGUCAGCAGAACGCUCCAGAAUGUACGAGGACCGGCGGAGCACAGCGCUCUACUUCUCCGUCUACAACGGGAACCUGGAGGCCAGUGAGAUGCUGCUGGAGGCCGGAGCUGACCCCAACCUGGAUGUCUUCAACCCGCUGCUCAUCGCCGCCCGGCUCGGCUGGAUGGACAUGGCGAAGCUGCUGCUGAGGUAUGGCGCUGAUGUCAACGCUCAGAUCUCCACCCAGCCGUCCUCGUUCCUGUCGGCCAUCCUGCUCUACAUGGAGUCUCUGCCGAUGCUCAAACUGCUGCUGGACAAUGGCUGCGACGCUCUGCCCUGCUUUGACUGUCCGUACGGCCAAAAACCACAUCCGGCCGUCACACCGUCACGCCGUCCCAUCGAAGAAUUGCAGGUCAGCAGAGAUGUACAGCCACAGCGCAGCAUACAGUUCUGUGAGGCCGUCUCCAGCUCGUCUUUCUGCCAUGUAACUGGUCCGAUCAUCUCGUUGCUGCUGGACUACGUCAGUCAUGUCCGUCUCUGCUCUCGGCUGUUGGAGGUUCUGGAGAGUCGCAGCGACUGGGCACCGAUCAAACUGAAAGCUCUUCCUCCUCAUCCCCUGAUGCAGCUCUGCAGGUUGAAGAUCAGACGUCUGGUCGGAGUCCAAAGACUCAAACUGCUCCACACUCUGCCACUUCCUGUCAGACUCAUCCGCUUCCUGUUGUACGACGUCCACUGCUCACUUACCUGAAAGCACCUGUUAACCGGUGGUUGCAUCGUGCGUCCACGCUACACGUCGGGCUGGCAGCUCGGUGACGUAGGGAGUUCUCGCAGGGCUAGUUGGUGGACUGCUGUAGCUGGCAAGCUAACCGGUAACCCUGACGUCUUGUUCAGCAUUGUACACCAUUUUGUUCAAUUAAAAGUUAUUGAUGGAAAAUAAAGUGCUUGUUAGCUUAGCUUAGCCACCUGCUAAAACCUGAGAUCGUGCACCUGUUAAAUAUAAAAUCACUCCUAAACUUGGGUUAGGGUUCUGGGUUAAAAUGAUUUUAAAGGCUUACUUUUUAAGAGUUCUUGUGUUGGGAGCUUGCUGUUUUUCUGUUGUGGUGUUGCAGUUGAACUGGUCAUACUGGUCUUACACAAUAUUGACAUGAUUAUAUGAUUAUAACACCACCUCCCAAAAGGGGCUGAGACCCUUUUAUGUUUGUGCUGGUUUAUUAUAUUUAUUAUUAUUUGUUGUCUGCUGCUUUGGCUCAAAUUGCCAUGAGCUGGAAUGAGCUAGAAACACGAACCUCGGCCCAAUAACUGGAAAUGAUGCGCAUGUGCUUCCACAGAAAUAUGAACCCAAUCGGCCACAUGGUGGCGCUGUAAUUAAGGCCCAAAAAUGCAAUUUUGAACAGGCCACGCCCCUCACACCGUAAGUCCGAAUGACUUGAAAUGUCUCUCACAGGUCAAUGUGCUCUACAAAACAGCCUCUUGGACCACUAAAGCCCGCCUAGAUUUUCUGCCAUUUAGAAUUUUUUGAAAAACACAUUUUUGACA